GCUUCUCGGCAUGACAUAACGAUAGACGUGCAAAUUUUAUUACAACAUACACUCACUCAGUCAGGCAGACAGUUUGCAGGCCUAGCGUGCUCAGAAUGCACCGAACGCAAGAGUCUCCACUGCUCAUUUGCGAUUUCAUGAUGUUCAGGAGCAUGCUGGCCGCUCAGGAAAAAACCGUACCUCACGAAGAGGGGAAAAUGGUCGGCGACGAGCAGAAGCAGGUCAACGGCGGGCUGAACCUGGCGAGCGUGGAGAAGGUGUCCAAGCUGCCGGUGGUGGAGGCGCUGAGCGACGCUUACGAAAAGGUCAAGGGCUCGAGCGGCGUGGCCAACUGGACGCUGACCACGGCCGAGCACACCGUCGCCUCCCUGGGCUCGCUGGCGGCCACCACGCUGCCCCAGGGGCCCAUCGGGGCCGUCGACCGCACUCUCUGCUCCGGACUGGCCGUCAUCGAGCAAAAGGUGCCCAUCAUCAAGGAACAACCUGCAGAGAUUUACGGUCAAGCGAUGGAGAAGGUGGGCGCCGUCAAGUCUUACGGCUGGAACAAAGCCAACGACAUGCUUUCGACCAAAUGGGGCGCCAUCGCCCUGGGCGGCUUCGACACCACGGCCGACCUGAUCAACAAAUACCUCGACCUCUACCUUCCGGCGCAGGAGGGCGAGCCCGAAACCCCAGUGUCAGACGUGGAAGUGGACAAAGUGAGCCACUCGCUGCAAACGAUGGGCCAGAUUUCGAACAAGGUGCGGAGCCGCACGUACCGGGCCGUCGUGCAGCAGAUGCAGGGCCUCAAGACGCAGAGCGAGGCGUCGAUCAACCACGUCAACGACCUGCUCAACCUUAUUCCGAACAAGAGCGAGAAGCAGGAGGAAGCACGGAGGCUGGCGCACAAUUUGUCUGCGUUUCUGGCCAGCGUUCCGGCCAAAAUGGAGCACCUGAUGCCGGAGAAACUGGUUGCCCAGGUCAAGCAGGCGCAGGGCUACGCUCAGAAGAUGUACGAGGGCCUCAUGACGUGCACUCUGAGAGACGUGACCGACUCGGUGAGAGAUCAGGCUGCAAAGAUCAAGACAGUUUUGCAGGAGGUCAGCACUUACACCGGCCAGGUCGUGGAGACGUUUUUGGUGAAGAGCAAGGAGAUUGCUGACGCGCAAAGCGCAGUCGUCACGUCUGAAUAAUAAUCGUAACGUAUUUUGUACUGAUUAGAAAUAAAACGAAAGGUUAAGUUUUUCUUUAA